AUGGGUGGUGGAGACCUCAACUUGAAGAAAUCAUGGCACCCUUCGCUCCUCCGGAACCAAGAGCGUGUCUGGUCCGAGGAGAAAAAAGCCCUCGAGGAACGCAAACGAAUCGACCAACUCCGCCGCGAACGUGAUGAAGAGCGCCAAAUCCAAGACCUGCAACGCCUCCAAGAGGACUCGGGCCAGGUGCGACAGACGCAGCGCGUUGACUGGAUGUAUCAGGCGCCCUCGGGGGCGACGGGCCAUGUCGCUGAGGAGAUGGAGGGGUAUCUUUUGGGGAAGAGACGGAUUGAUUCGGUGUUGCUGAAGGGGGAGGAGACGAAGAAGUUGGAGAGGGGGGCGGAUUUUGUUCCGGUGGCGGGUGCUGGGACUGGGGAUGCCGGGGCGGGUGUUGGCGCGCCAGUGAAUAGUAGGGAUAUGAUGACGAAGGUUAUGGCGGAUCCAUUAUUUGAGGUUAAGAAGAGGGAGCAGGCGGCUUAUGAGGCUGCGGUGAAGGAGUCGGCGAGGAGGGGGAAGAGAGUUGUUGAUGGGGUUAAUGGUGGUGAUCGUCAGCCGGAGAAGGAGCGCGAGAGGGAGCGGAAUCGUGAUCGCAGUCAUCGCCACAGGAGUCGUCGAUACAGUGAUGAAGACUCGCACAGACACCGUUCACGUCGACACCGGUCUAGGUCUUCGUCGCCGGACUAUCGUCGUUCACAUAGGAGUCGGAGGGAUGAUCGGGACUAUCGUGAUGAUCGUAACUGGAGGGGCAGAGACCGCAGAGACCGUAACCGGCGCGAAGACCGUGGACGUGGCCGAUCUCGAGACGGACAUGACCGCAAAGAUCAUGACCGCCGUGCUUCGAGCAGACACCGGGACUGUGAUGAUAGAUACUACGACCGCCCUCGUCGCGACUCGUAUAGUCGACGUUCAUCCUCUCCUCGUCGGGACCGUCGUCCAUCUCCUGACAGGCGAGGCGCAGAAAGCAACGGCUACCGCAAGCCUCGAGACUACGACAACCGCCCGCGUGACUCCUAUCGCCGUGACCGUGACCAUAGCCAUCCCCAGUCCGAGGCUCCCAACGGUCACGCUAAUGGCCACGCCAACAACACCAAAUCUAAAGAGCAACAAGAAGAAGAACGCCAGCGCAAACUUGCCGAAAUGCAAUCCAAUGCUUCCGAUCUCGAGGCGACCCGUCGUAAACGCAUCGACGAAGUCACGGCCAUGGAAGAGCGCCAGCGCGAGGAGGACGAGAGAAAUCGUACUGAGAAGGGUCGGUUUGUCGGACAGUUGCACCGCCAGUUACAAGAGGAUAGUCUUGAUCAAAGGAUCCAGAGGAGUCGUGGAGGGCUGGUUGUUGAUAAGGAAGAGUAG